AUGCUAAAAAGGGAUAAGAAACAGAGGGCUGACAAAAUUGUGCAGACCAACAUGGAAGAAGAUCCCAGAGAAUUCUAUUUGAUUGACACUCAAGAAGAAAUAAGUGGACACAUUUUGGAUAGAUUGAGGCAACAACCAAUGGUAUAGAUGAAGAAGGUUCCCUUUGACAAAGAACAUGGGAACACAAUUGAGAGUGUCCCCAUUAAUAUCAAAUCUCAUGUCAAAUCAGACAAUGAAUUGUACUUUGAAUUACAAUAUUAAAAUCCAAACUUGUUAACAUCUUAUUAUCCCUUCUAUUUUUUAAGAGAACGAUUCCCCAAAUUGCUGAUUGAAUAUUAUAAGAAUAAUAGUGUUUUAAUAUUGAAAUGA